CUCUGAUUCUGAUAAUCAGGAAGUCUCGGACGGAGAGAUUGAGGAAGACACCAUCUCUGCUUCUGGUUCCUCAGACCACCCUAAAAGUUUUUUAUUUUCUACUGAAGACCUAGACGCCCUCCUCCAUGCGGUUAGAGAUACCAUGCAAGUAGAGGAAGCUAGCCCCCCCAUAUCCGUUCAGGACGAGAUGUUUGGGGGGUUAGGGGCAAAAAAGACUCGCCUAUUUCCAGUAAAUUCCCAUCUGAAGGAGAUAAUUCUGGAGGAAUGGAGGGAGGCCUAAAAGAAAUUGGUUAUGCCUAGGGAAUUUAAAAAUCGGCUGAUUUUUAAUCCUGAGGAUACUAAACUAUGGGAUGAAGUUCCCAAAAUAGACAUUCAGGUGGCUAAAGUCACAAAGAAGACCUCCAUCCCCUUUGAGGAUUCCUCAAAUUUAAAGGACCCUAUGGAUAGGAAGACGGAGGGUCUACUUAAGAAGGCCUGGGAGUGUUCGUCUGCUCUUAUUAAUGUCAAUAUUACUGCCACCUCGGUAGCCAGGUCUAUGGGGUUAUGGCGGAAUCAGCUAGAGAACCACCUUAGACUAAAAACCCCAAGGGAGGACAUCUUAGAAUCCAUUCCCCUUCUUAGGAUGGCUACGGCCUAUCUGGCGGAUGCUUCGGCCGAAUCCAUUAGAAUUUCAGCUAGAAACAGCACCCUGGCGAAUACUGCUAGAAGGGCCCUUUGGCUAAGAAGUUGGUCAGGGGAUGUAGCUUCAAAGAAUAAGCUCUGUUCGAUCCCUUUCUCAGGUUCACAUGUGUUUGGCCCAGUCCUUGAUACAAUCCUUGAGAGUGCCGCGGACAGGAAAAAAGGCUUUCCGGAGGAGAGAUCUAAGAAGACUCAGUCCUUUCGGAAGGAUUCAGGCCAGGGACAGACAGAGAACUUUUCAGAGAUUGGAUUGGACAUCCUCCCAUGUGCUGUCAUGUUGGACUCCUGGAAAGAACGUUACCGGUAA